CCGGUGUUGUGUAUGUUCCUGGAAAGAUGGCGGUCAGCAUCCGCGGCCGUCCAAUCCGAAGUCUUCGGAUGCGAGGUCGGAAUGACAGCGGGGAAGAGAACGUACCGCUCGAUCUGACCAGAGAACCCUCUGACAACUUGCGUGAAAUUCUUCAAAAUGUCGCCAAGCCACACGGCGUCACCAACAUGCGGAAACUGGGCCACCUGAACAAUUUCAUAAAGCUGUUAAUCAGCAUUGGCCACUGCGAGGAGAAGUUUGGGUUUACAUAUGAAGAAAUCAUCAUCUGCCUGCGGUUAGCCCUGCUGAACGAGGCCAAGGAGGUGCGUGCUGCAGGACUGAGGGUUCUGAGGUACCUCAUCAGAGACAGCAAUGUGCUGCAAAAGGUCCUCAGACUGCAGGUGGACUACUUGAUUGCCAGGUGCAUUGACAUCCAGCAGAGCAAUGAGGGGGAGAGGACUCAGGCCCUUCGACUGGUCAGAAAGAUGAUCACAGUGAACGCUCUGCUGUUCCCCAGCUCUGUCACCAACUCUCUGAUCGCCGUGGGAACAGACGGGCUGCAGGAGAGGGACCGCAUGGUUCGCGCUGCCAUUGCCAUCGUCUGCGAACUUGCGUUGAAGAACCCAGAGGUAGUGGCCAAUAGGGGGGGUCUCAGCACCAUAUUAAAGAGUGUGAUAGACUGUCAGCUGAGCCGCAUCAAUGAGGCUCUGAUCACCACCAUCCUCCACCUGCUCAACCAUCCACACACCAGGCAAUAUGUACGCAAUGACGUGGAGCUGGAGCAAAUCCUAGCACCUUUCACAGACUUCCACUACCGCCACAAUGCAGACACAUCAGAGAGCCUGCUCAAGGAGGACCGCGAAGCUCGUUUCCUGUCCAGUAGGAUGGCUAUAGUAGCUGCCUUCCGCUCCUGGUCUGGGAUCAUUAACCUAUGUAGGGCCGGGAACUCUGGGAUCCAGUCCCUGAUUGGUCUGCUGUGUAUACCAAAUGUGGAAGUGAGGAAAGGUUUGAUGGAGGUAUUUUAUGAGAUAUUUAGGCUACCUCUCCCCAUCGUAACCCAGGACUUUACGGAAGCACUUCUCAGCGUGGACCCCAGUAGGUGCCAGGACAGCUGGAGACUGUCUGAUGGCUUUGUGGCAGCAGAGGCUAAAGUCCUCCUGCCCCAUCGAGCAAGGUCCAGGCCUGACCUGAUGGAUAACUACCUGGCCUUGGUACUGUCUGCCUUCAUCUCCAGUGGCCUGCUAGAGGGUUUGGUAGAGGUUGUGACCAGCAGUGAGGACCAGAUAUCAGUGAGAGCCACCAUCCUACUGGGAGAACUGCUACACAUGGCCAACACCAUCCUCCCUCACUCCCACAGUCACCACCUGCACUGUCUGCCUACUCUUAUCAACAUGGCUGCCUCUUUUGACAUCCCCAAGGAGAAACGCCUACGGGCGAGUGCGGCAGUCAACCACUUGAAGCGUUUCCAUGACAAGAAGAAACAAGGACCCAAACCCCAUAGUCUGUAUCUGGACCACAUUGUCCGCAAGUCUGUGUCUGCACACCAGCGGAGAGAGACACACACACGCGUACACAGAGACAUCUAUGCUAUUAAGGACACAGAGGAAGCCCUGAUGUUGAACCUGAGAGACAGUCAGAUCCUCAACCACAAACAGAACCUUGACUGGAACUGGCUCCUCAUCGCAACCAUCCUCAAGUGGCCUAACGUUAACCUCAGGAACAACAAAGAUGAACAGAUGCACAAGUUUGUUCGGAGGCUGCUGUACUUUUAUAAGCCCAGCAGUAAGCUGUAUGCAGGGCUGGAGCUGGACCAUCCUAAAGCCAGACAGCUCACUGUGGUGGGAUGCCAGUUCAUCGAGUUCCUCAUAGAGUCUGACGAGGAUGGCCAGGCGUACCUGGAGGAGCUUGUGAAGGACAUGGUGGCCUGGCUGUCCUUGUCCUCUGGUCUGAAGCCUGACCGCUGUCUCCAGAGCAACGGGCUGCUCACCACCCUCAGCCAGCACUACUUCCUGUUCCUGGGGACCCUCUCGGCCCACCCACACGGGGUUAAAAUGCUGGAGAAGUGCAGCCUCUUUCAGAGUCUGCUGAACCUGUGCUCUGUGAAGAACCAGGACGCUGUGUUGAAGCUGGCUGUGUCUACACUGGACUACAGCAGAGAUGGACUGGCCAGAGUCAUCCUCUCCAAGAUCCUCACUGCUGCCACUGAUACGUGCAGGCUGUAUGCCACCAAGCACCUGUGUGUGUUGCUGAGGGCAGGGGUGGAGUUCUUCAGUAACUGGGGCAUGGAGCUGCUGGUCACCCAGCUGCACGACCACAGCAAGGCAGUCUCCAUGGAAGCCUUGGAUAUACUGGACGAGGCCUGCGAGGACAAGGCUAACCUCCAUGCUCUGAUCCAGCUCAAACCGGCUCUGACCCACCUGGGAGACAAGGGCCUUCUGCUGCUCCUCAGGUUUCUGUCUAUUCCUAAGGGCUUCUCCUACCUCAAUGAGAGGGGCUACGUCAGCAAACAGUUGGACAGAUGGCAAAAGGAGUACAACCUGAAGUAUGUAGAUCUGAUUGAGGAGCAGUUGAAUGAAGCGUUAACUACAUACCGGAAACCUGUGGACGGAGACAACUAUGUCAGACGCAGCAACCAAAGGUUACAGAGACCAAAUGUUUAUCUUCCUGUGCACUUGUAUGGUCAGCUGGUCCAUGAUAAGACAGGCUGCCACCUACUGGAGGCUCAGAGCGUGGUCCCUGACCUCAGCUACACGGUUCGCUCCCCGAUGCUGGACACCUGGGAGGGCAUCAAACAGCUGAAGGCAGCCCUCUGGGCUCUGGGUAACAUUGGGUCAUCAAACUGGGGUCUGAACCUGCUUCAGGAGGAGAACAUCAUCCCUGACAUCCUGGCCUUGGCACAACACUGUGAGGUCCUGUCCAUACGGGGAACGUGCUUGUACGUCGUAGGCGUGAUCUCCAAGACGCGGCAGGGCUGUGAAGUGUUGAAACAGUAUGGCUGGGAUGCAGUCCGACACAGUCGCCGGACGCUGUGGCCCGUCACCCCAGACGAGGUGGACAAACCGAUGACCUCUGAACUUUCCUCCGUACCGAGCACGCUCAGUCUCAACUCUGAGUUCACCAGCUCCCGGCACAAUAGCGAGAGCGAGGCCCAGCCCAACAUGUACAUCCUGGAUGAUGACAAGUCUGAGAUGUUGGACCAAUCAGACGACGCCUCCCUCUACCUGCGUUCCAAACCCGUGAAGGACCGCAGCCCCUUCACCAUCCUGGCCUCCACCCGUUUUGUACGCAACCGCUUCCUCAACUCCCUGUCGCUCCCCAGCAAGAAGUUGCGCUCCACCAGCGACCCCAAGUCAAUGGGGGGCAGCCGCACCCCCACCGAGCUCAAACUGGGGGGAAUGAGGAGGAACAGGACGGUAACGGAGCCCUCCUUCUACUCCUCGUUCAAUGGGAGAAGCAUCCCCAAGAGUCCCACAGUCAGCCUGGAAACCUCCUUUGUGGGGAUCAGGGGUUCGGUCGGGGGGUCUGAGGAGCAGCUGGGAGAGGGGAGGCUAGCCCGGGCCGGUAGAGAGGGGGCUGGGCUGGGACUGGGGGGUUCUGGAGAGCCCCCGUCCAGGGAGCAGAGUAGCCGGGAACAUCUAGCGGGAGGAGAUGGGGGUUCUUCUUCCUCCGGUGGAGGAGGAGGCGGAGGGACUCAGUUUAAAAGCCGUAGUCAGAGCUUCAACACGGACACCACCACAAGCGGCAUCAGCUCCAUGAGCUCCAGCCCCUCCCGCGAGACUGUGGGAAACCCUGAGCAUCCCGAGCCAGACUCCUCGGACUGUGUCAGCCUCAACACAGUGGUCUCUGCCAAGAUGGUCAAAACGCUGUACUCCCUCGCCCCAACCCAGGCCCACACCAACCACCUGCCUCUCUCCAAGUCUAACUCUGUUUCCCUGGUCCCCCCUGGCUCCUCACACACCCUCCCCCGCAGAGCCCAGAGCCUCAAGUCUCCCUCGGUGGCGGCCAUUAAGAGCCUUGCGGACUGCAGUUUCAUGUACACCAGCCCGCGGGACGCACUAGGCUAUGCUACUCUGAAGAGGCUGCAGCAGCAGAGAAUCCACCCGUCUCUGUCUCAUAGUGAGUCGUUAGCGUCGCCCGCUAAAGACGUGCUCUUCACUGACACUAUUACUAUGAAGACUGGUAGUCUGGACUCGAGGCUAACGCCACGCAGGUUUCUGAAGGCGUUGAGCUUUGCGUCUCUGGACAAGGAGGAUCUGCUGAGCCCCAUCAACCAGAUCACUCUGCAGCGCUGCUCGUCGGUGCGCUCCAUGAUUUCCAGCGCCACCUACGGCUGUAACGACGACUACGUGGGCCUGGCGCUGCCCAUGGACAUCAACGACAUGUUCCACAUCCGAGACACGCCCUAUUUCCAACAGACGACUAGCCCGCCCGCCGACGAGAAGUGUCCAUUCUACUUUGGCGAGUCAGACAGUGACGGUGGACGUCCCUAUCCUAUCCCACUGCUGAAGCAGCAGUUCAGUAUCUCCGAGCUGAUGGCCAGCAGAGAGAACAACCAGAACCACAUCCUGGGUCCAGAGGAGACGGGUCUACAGGAACACACUGACGACAACUGUCUCUACUGCGUAGGAGCUACUGUACUGGGCUACCACACGCAGCCUCAGAUCAACAACGCACACACACGUACUGACUAUAUAGACUUUCCGUGGUCCAGUCAGACCAGCCAUCGUCUGGAGGUGAUGCCUCAGUCCAAGUUCUCUGGUGUCUCCGGCUGCAGCGACACUGCUGUGUCACAGGGAUCUGUUUGCAGCACACCUACUGCUGCUGACAUAGUGCUGGGUGGCAAGGCGAUAUCUGAAGAUGGCCCAGCUUGUCGGGUCCUGCUGAGGAAGGAGGUGCUUCGCCUCGUCAUCAACCUCAGCUCCUCUGUAGGAACCAAGGGCCACGAGACAGGACUACUGACGAUAAAGGAGAAGUUCCCCUAUGCGUUUGAUGAUAUCUGCUUGUACUCUGAGGUGUCUCACCUGCUGGCCCACUGUAUGUUCCGCCUGCCCUCCCGACGCUUCAUACAGGAACUCUUUCAGGACGUACACUUCAUACCGAUGUACGAGGAAGCAGAAGCGAUCCUGUCGAAGCCACCAAAGCCCGUCGGAGUGGAUAUAGACCCUCCCGCGAAGUUCUGACGUCCCUGUCCUCCCCUCCCUGUUUAGGCGCUGCUUUCCCCCCCUUCCUGCCCCCCCACCCCCCACCCACCCUGACAUAGAGAUACACAGAGCAACAUAGUGAAAACAUGGAGGGAUGGAGAGAAUGGGGGAGCAAGCCUAAAAGAGAGGAGGGGAGACCCUUUGCUGAAGCUCAAGAUGGAGGGAGCAUGGGUGAGAGAAGGAAGAGAUCAUGGAUGUUAAAGAAUGAGAGUGGGAAAGGGUUGUCUCCCUCCGGUCACUUGAGAAAAAGGAGAUGGUCUGAACAAAUGAAACCUGACACUGCUAGUCUUGUUCCUGCCUAUGGCCAACAGGGGGAGUGGUUUUACCAAAUGCUGUUUUCAGACGGCUUUACAAGCCUGACCAACAGACAUGACAGGAGACACAUUACAUUUACAUUUUAGUCAUUUAGCAGACGCUCUUAUCCAGAGCGACUUACAGUUUAGUGAAUACAUAUUU